GCAGCGGCAGCCAAUGUAUGAAAUGCGUCUAAGGGUGGCUAAGGCUAAGCAAGCCUCUUGGUGUACAUUGGUGCAGCCGAGGUACAAAUGGCGCUUGUUCGGGAAUCAUCAAAACAAGUUGAAGAAUCAUCAGAAUCAUCAUAACAAGUUGUUGAAAUCAACAGCAUGUACACAUCAAAACAAACUGAAGCAUCAUCAGAAUCUAAGAUUAGUAUUUCAGAACGAUUAUGGAAAAACUGGGAGAAUGAAGCACUGUACUUCUGGUAUUUACCUUUGUCUCUUCACAUGGCUUCUGGAAGUUUAGAUGAUAAAGAAUUUUAUCAAUAUGUUGCUAAUUAUGCACAUUUGCUGAACAAUUUUCUGGAAGUGUUCAAGUUAGCAGCAGAUCAAUGUGAAGAUGAUUCUGAUAAAGCUGCAUUCUUAAGGUGGAGUAAAAAUGUGAAGCAAGAACUGGAAAGGCACAAUUCUUUUGUUGAACAGAAACUGGGUUUAGACCCUACAAAAGAAACCAUUAUUCACACUGCAACAGCAAAAUACGGAGAGUUCUUGUUAGCGACUGCAUCUGGUGAUAUACAAGUUCAUGAAAUUCCAAUACAUCAGUCAAAAAUUCCUGCUUAUACUCUUGGUGCUAUGAUGCCAAGCCUGAGACUCUAUGCCGUUCAUAGUAAGGCGGUGCGAGAACUUGGUACUCCUCAUGGUAGUUCUCACGCACGUAGCAAGUGGAUCAAAGAAUAUACUUAUGAAAAUUUCAAGAUAUCAUUUCUGCAUGCUGAGGUAUUGCUUGAUAAGCUAUGCAACUCUUUGGCCCAGGAAGAGAUUGAAGUCGUAAAAAGGCUUUAUCGUCCUGCUAUGAGACUUAAAAUGGACUUCUUUAAUUCUCGACAGUCUGCCCUGAUCAUCCCAGUAUAUACAAAGCUUGAUCCUAAGGAACAUCUGAUGCUAUUUGCUGAUUUUGACUUUACAUGUACUGAUCUGGGUUCUUUGGGAAUUUUAAAAAACAUUGCAAUAGUGACUGCUCAAAAAGCCGAUCAGCUACUGCAGGGUCAGGAUAGAGACAAACCUUCUCAUAUUACAUCAACAGAUUUGAAGAAUACUUGGGAGCUUCUUUCCCAGCAGUCUACUCUCGAGUAUGAUAAGUGUAUAAAGAAAAUUAUGCUCGGUGAAAAAGCUCUUAGUUUUAAUUAUGACGUACUCCAGUCACUCCACAGUGCCCUUGUAGAGCUCUCAUCUUCUGAGGGACAAGCGGUUUCAAGAAUAUUUGAUUAUGGUGUACUGAAAGCCAUAAACUUGGAGGACAUAAAGCAAGCUGGCAAGUAUAUGAUACUUAAAAAUGGUUGUAUGAAUUUUUUCAAGAAGGUGAACAAGCUCGAUGUAUCAACCCUAUUGUCUGGAUUCAGAAAUGCUUAAAAAUGGAUAGAUAUAGCUUCAGUACAACAACAAACUGUAUUUCAGUUUGUUCCACAAGGAGGAAGAACCAAGACUCUACUCAGAAAUGCUUUGAACAUAAGCAACACUCGGACAUCAGUUUAAGAUUCACGGAGUCGUGCGGUAAUCACAAAGCGAACGAUUCUUUCGCCUUUUACUAAAGAAUACCAUGUGCUUGCCGCAGUAAAGCGGCAUAC